AUGAACGAAGAUGUCGUUUUAAAAGCAAAUCAUCCGCAAGAGAUCAUCGGAGGAUGGUGGGCGAAGGCGAUGGUGAGAAUUACCAACACUGAGGGUGCGAUGUUGAAGUUUCAUUGCAAGUCAAAGGACGACGAUCUUGGAGUUAGAGUUUUAGGAUAUCGCCAGAGCUUUCAAUUCGAGUUCAAUCCGAACAUAUUUUUCAAGACACUGUUUUACUGUUCGUUCGAGUGGCAAAAUGGCGGCGGGGUACAUUGGUUUGAUAUCUACGUACAGACGAGGGAUUGGUUGCACUGCAAAAUUUGUGAAUGGGAAGUCAAACAAUCUGGGCCGUGCAGGCGUACUCCAGCCGAUGGAAAAUAUAAAUGUUACAAUUGGGGCAAGUAG